AUGCAGUAUCGCGGCGCGCUAACAUCUGAGAGUUUUCGACAAGCGACCGAGUUCUAUAGUGAAAACCCUUAUGGUGCAACACCACAUCCAUUUCCUCCCGGUUCGCCGGUAAUAGUGAAGCCUCGCUCGACGAGUCGUGACAAAGACAAGCAACGGCGGAAGAGUCUGGGCGGGUAA